AUGGCCGACCUCACCGUCCCGUGCGCGGCGACCGUCGCGGGCGCGCAGGUCCCCGGGCACGUCACGCUCACGUCCGACCGCCUGCGAUGGCGCCCCGACGCCGCGAGCGCGACGGGGGAGAAGUCCGCCGCGCUCGUCUCGAUCACCGCGCAUCAGAGGAACAAAGCCGGCGCGGCGAAGCCGUCGCUCCGGCUCGUCCUCGGCGGCGACCCACCCGGCGCGAAGGCGGCGGCGAAGGCGAAGGCGGCGAAACCGAAACCCCCCGCGAUGGUCCUCACGUUCGCGCUCGAGAGCGAUCGCGACGCGCUGAGCGACGAGCUCAAGUCUCGCCUCGCCGUCGUCGCCGCGAGGCGCGCGCCCGCGUCGAAUCUCACGAGUCUCGCGCGCGCUUCCGACUCCGCGGCGACGCUCGCCGCUCGCGCGGCGUUGCUGAAGGCGAACCCCGAGCUCGCGGCGCUGCACGCGACGCUCGUGAAGAAGGGCAAGGGCGCGACGCUCGGGAAGACAACGGGCGAGGGCGGCGCCGCGGACGACGACGGGACGGAGGACGACGGGAUCAGAGGCGCGGUCACGGAGGAGCAAUUCUGGGCGGAGCGAGAGCACCUCUUCGACGCCGCCGUCGCGAAGAAGGGCGCCGCGCAAGUCGCCGGCGUCUCCAACGCGCUCGACGGCGACGUCAAGGGCACGCGCGACGGGCGCACGGACACGGUGUCGUGCGCGCUGUCGAACGAGAAGAUGCACCGGAUCUUCGCGGAGCGGCCGGCGGUGCGACGCGCGUUUCUCGACAACGUGCCGUCGAAGAUGACCGAGCGCGAAUUUUGGACGCGGUUCUUGCGAAGCGAGUACUUCAAAGCCGCGCGCGCGGGGGCGCCGCCGCAGGGCGAGGAAGAGGCCGCGGACCUGGCGCUCUUCUCGGGCAGCGCGAAGGGCGCUCCUCCCGCGGCGGCGAAGAAGACCGCGGCGAAUAAAUCGCUCGCGAAAGCCGUCAACCUCGUCGCCGACGCCGACGACGAUCUCAGAGGCGGCGCGGCGGGGGGCUUCGGCGUCUUCCGCGACGGCGGGAGAGAGCCGCCGCCGCCGUCGUCCGAGGCUGCCGUCGCCGCCGCGCGCGCGUCCGCGGGCGGCGUCAAGGCGGCGGCGGCGAAGUACGCCGCGAGGGAGGUGCUCGCGAACUUGAACCAUCACGCGGAGGUGGUGCUGCGAGGGCGGCCGAGUCAGCCGGUGACGGACGCGAGGAGCGCCGCGCUCGCGGCGGCGGCGCAGGAAGACGCCGGCGGCGCCGCGGGGUUGUGCUCGAUCGGCGGCGGCGGCGGGGACGACGACGACGGCGACGUGGUCGUCGUCUUGGACGAUCUGCGCGAGCCCGAGGAGGUGAAGCGGAGGACGCUGACGCUGCGAGACGAGAGCGCGUACUUUCGCGGCGCCGCGGCCGCCGCGGGGAAGGCGGCGGGGACGAACGCGAACGCACAGCUGGCGGCGGCGGCGGCGGCGGCGACCUCGGGGGGGAAGAAACGGAAGGCCGGCGGCGGCGGCGGCGACGACGACGAGUACGAGCCGAGCGGCUUCGACGUCGAGGCGCUGAAACGCGUCGCGAGGUUCUUCAAGGUGGAGCACAAGAUCGACUGGGGCGAGCGCGCGGACGAGGACGAGACGGCGACGGGCGCGGGUGGAAAAAAAGGGGCGAAAAAAAUCAAAUCCGAACCCGCCGAAGGAACGACCGCGACCGCGCCGACGCCGACGCCGACGACGACGAAUAAGAAACCGCGCGAGCUCGGCCCGCUCGUGGACCCCGCCCAGGCGCGCAAGCAGCUCGACGCGAUCGCGGAGGAGAACCGCCGCGCGAAGAAGAACAAAGGCUGGACGCGCGCGGAGGCGCUCGCGUCAGGCGCGUUCUAUACACUGGUCCCCAUACGACCGCUCACCGACGGCGUCCCCCCCGCCGUCGACGCGGAGAUCAAAGCCGACGCGGCGACCGCCGCGGAGCUCCUCAAACAUUUUUGGUCCGCGCGGCCGUUCGCCACCGCGGCGGCGUGGGAUCGCGCGUACCGCGUCAACGCCGCGUUGGGGGUGCUGUACGACCGAAUGGAGACGAGGAAAAAGACGUUGACGCCCGCGGGGCGGCACGCGUCGGCGGGUCGGCUGUCGCCGUUGAUCGCCGCCAUGGACGCCGCGUUUUCGUUCUACGACGAGGAGAAGCGGACGCGCGCGGGGUCGUACGCGGCGUUCGAGAGGGAGAGGGAGGCGCGGGGGGGGGCGAGCGCGCCGAUCGAGUUGAGUUGA